AUGGCCAAGUUCACGGCCAUCUGGGCCUUAUUCUUGGUCUCCACCGUCGCCGCCGCAUCGUCUCCCGACUGUGCCGACGUCGUGGACAACAUGAUAGAUUGUUUGGAUUUCGUCGUCAAAGGGAGCGCGCAGACGAAGCCGACAAAGUCGUGCUGCGACGGCAUGAAAACCGUCGUCGCGGCCAGCCCCAAGUGCCUCUGCGAGGCCCUCGAAGAGGCGAUAGACGGCGGGUACGACGUCAAUAUGACUCGCGCCGACGGCCUCCCCGCCGCUUGCUCGCUCAAAGUGCCGUCAAGUAACUGUCCUGGUACAUACCUACCUACUAGUUUUUAA